CCGCUUCCCGCGCUGCUUGGAGCCGGAGUUGCAGCAGAGCCGAGCCGCCUCCCCCCAACCCGCUGCUCGGAGACGCUGCAGAGCCGCCCCCUCUCCCCCCCCACCUUGCCGCUCGGAGCCGCAGCAGCGCCGCCCCUCUACAGCCCCGCCGCGCCGCUCGGAGCUGCAGGAGCGCCGGCCCCGACCUCCCGGUCGCAGCCAAAGUCCCCUCUCCCCUCGCAGCGGUGGCAGUGGCGGGCGGGAUGACAGCGGAGGAGAUGAAGGCGGACGGGGCUCCCUUGGAGGGGGCGGACAUCACGCCCAAGCGGGACGAGGGCGUUCUCAAGGUUAUCAAGAGAGAAGGCAGUGGGACAGAGUCUCCUAUGAUAGGUGAUAAAGUGACUGUGCAUUACACAGGAUGGCUUCUUGAUGGCACAAAAUUUGACUCCAGCCUGGACAGGAAAGACAAAUUUUCAUUUGACUUGGGGAAAGGUGAAGUGAUCAAAGCAUGGGACAUAGCUGUGGCAACUAUGAAGGUUGGUGAAAUCUGUCGGAUUACAUGUAAACCAGAAUAUGCCUAUGGCUCAGCUGGAAGCCCCCCAAAGAUACCUCCUAAUGCUACACUGAUUUUUGAGAUAGAACUUUUUGAGUUCAAGGGGGAGGACCUCACUGACGAUGAAGAUGGUGGUGUUAUCCGAAGAAUCCGUAAAAAAGGGGAAGGCUACUCCAAACCAAAUGAGGGUGCGCUUGUAGAGAUCCAGUUUGAAGGUCGAUAUGGAGAUCGUGUUUUUGACAGGCGGGAAUUGCGGUUUGAGAUUGGAGAAGGUGACAACUAUGAUCUUCCUCAUGGUCUGGAGAAAGCAAUUCAGAAAAUGGAGAAAUUGGAGGAAUCAGUGUUCUAUCUCAAACCCAACUAUGGUUUUGGAAGUGCUGGGAAGGAGAAAUUUCAGAUCCCUCCAGAUGCAGAGCUACAAUAUGAAGUGAAACUCAAAAGCUUUGAAAAGGCUAAGGAGUCUUGGGAAAUGAAUACAGAUGAGAAGCUGGAACAAAGCUGCAUUGUGAAGGAGAGAGGCACUCAGUACUUCAAGGAGGGCAAAUACAAACGGGCGUCAUUACAGUAUAAGAAGAUUGUGUCAUGGUUGGAGCAUGAAUCGGGGCUUUCUGAUGAGGAGGAUACAAAAGCCAAAAGCUUGAGGCUUGCUGCCCACCUUAAUCUAGCUAUGUGUCAUCUCAAGCUGAAGGAAUACUCCCAGGCUGUGGAGAACUGCAACAAGGCACUUGAAUUGGAUAGCAGCAAUGAAAAAGGCCUCUUCCGGCGUGGAGAAGCGCACUUGGCUGUCAAUGACUUCGAAUUGGCCCGGGGAGAUUUUCAGAAAGUGAUACAACUUUAUCCAAGUAACAAAGCUGCCAAAGUGCAACUGGUAACUUGUCAGCAAAAAAUACGGGAGCAGCAUGAGAAAGAGAAAAAGAUGUAUGCCAACAUGUUUCAAAGGCUUGCAGACAAAGACUUAAAAUCAGCUGCUUCUCUCCAGACCAGCCAUGCUGAAGAUGCAGAAAUGAAAGAUGAGCAAAACGGAGUUGAAGAGAAAUCAGAAGUUGACACAGAAGCAUAAAACCAAACCCUAUUCCUUUAGUUUUGUAAAUGAAAGAAUUUACAGUGAAUUAGACCUUUAUUUUUCUACCUGGUUGGACAGUGACUUCAGGGGAGCAGAGGCUGAAGCCACCAUGCCGUAGUCAGUUAGAGCUUUAUAUGUCUCUUGAAGAAACUGAGUGGCAGCAUAAAUCUGGUUUAAUCCUAGGACCUUUAUUUAUUCAUUCAGCCUCUGUUACCGUUUGGGUUCUGUCUGGAUUUACUCUGCUUGGUUUAUUUGCAUUUUGCUGUUGGUGUUUGUCUCUUUCUGGUUCCAGCCCACUUAAAUCCAAGGUUCUGCUUCCUAAAUUUGUUCCCUUGAUUUCUUUCAAGUAAUCAGCCUUUUCCAGGAGUCUUCACGUGACACUUAUUUGCGCUCCUAGUUCUGCCUUGGCAUUGCCCUCUUCCCACCUGUUCAGUAGGGAAUCUCUUCCAUUAAGUGUUGUAACCUUCCUUGUAUGCCGCCUCCUUGCAAGUUGCUGAAGGUGAAGACUGUGAAGUCACAGGUUAUGUAAUAAAGCUCCAAUUAAACUCAAGAAAACGGAACUUUUCGUGGGUUUUUAUUGGAAUUUGCACAGAAUUAAGAGAAUUUACUGUCCUUUAAUCAUUUAGCAUUUUCUCAUCCAAAUAGUUGUACAAUAGCCACAGUACCUGAUUAUUUUUCUGUUGUUCAUUCAUUGCCAUAGAAAAUUCCCACAAUAAUGAAUACAAUAUUUACUCAUAUACUUGCAAAAGGAAAAAAUAUGUUGCCGAAAACUGUAUAAAAAGCAAAUCUGUAACCUAUGCAUAGGGCUUAUUUUCUGUUCACAUUGUUUCCUUCCUCUUCACCUUCCAUACUGCAAAACUGGACCAGAAAAAAAAAACCGUUUAUUUAUACCUGAAAGUAACUGGCUUUGAAGAGAAAUAAGUGGUACUGGUUUAACACAUGAGAAAUACUAUUAAUUGUUUAUGAAAUACAAACUUCUGCCUGGUUGUAAUGUCUGCUUAUCCCCGUCUCACAAAAAACCCUAUUACCUGAUAAGCCUGCUUUCUUCAGUAUGUUGUGUGUCUUGUUUGGGUGCAGGUGUGCUUUGGGGGUAUGUGGGGGCUUUUUUGGGGGGUGUGUACUUUUUGUUUGUUUGCAGGUGUGGAAUAAGGUACUUAAAUUCAUCUUCCCAGUUUAUCCUGCUAAUGUAGUGUUGAAGUCAGCAUCUCCGCUGUCGCGUUUUGAGACUUGCUACCACCAGGGACAGUCUUUUGCCUCCUCUGCAGGAGGAAGGUUGAUAAUCUAUUCCUUUCAGAUACAAAAAUUGAUUUUUUUUGCAGUGAGAAAAAGAUACCUUUCCAUGGCAUCGAAUCCUGGAAUAGGGUGUAUAUGGCAGAGCGUGUGUCUGUUUCAUCACGAAUGACAUCUGAAUUCUUAGUUCCUGGUCUCCCUUGCCGAGACAAGUUUUGCCCUUGCUGUAGCGAGCUGAAACUCUUGAAUGUAAAUCUCAGGAUGCGAAACGUGCCCGUUGCGUCCAUGCCAUCCUGGGCAGCGCGUGUGGUGGCCGGAGAGGGCAUCGCGGCGUUUGUCAUGCAUGUGAACUUCUAAUAUAAGCUGUUAUGUCCUUACAGAAAAAUGUGUAAAAUAAAACGAUUACGGCACUGACUUCGUAAACCAACCCC